AUGAAAGAGAUCAAGAAACAGUUCGGUAGGAGGCAUGGCAGCAGGCUUACCCUCGCACCCGACUAUUGGUACCUGCGCGGUUCUGAGCCAGCCGAGAUGCAGAACUACAUCGACUGGGUGGGAUCAAGAGUGCGGCUUCAGACCAACAUCACUAAUAUCGAGAAGAAUCUCAAACCACUGUGGAAGAUGGGCUGCAGCUUCAUCCCGGAAAAAGGAGGUGCGGCGGGUUCUUGUAAUAAUCUUCCUGGCGUCCUCUCAAACCGCGAGAUCAAGAGGAUUAUCAAAGAAAAAAGGGUAGGCUACGACGACGCGGGGACUUAUGCUAUGAAAGAAGCUUUUGCGAAUCCAUACUGUCUCGGUGGCAUCAUAACAUGGUCGAUUGACUUCGAUGACUUCGACGUGUGGUUGAUUGACAUCGACCUAUCGACGAUCAAAUUCAAUUCAUGGCCGAUUAACGUCGAUAUAAGUUCGACUGACUUCGACGUGGUCGAUCGACGUCGACGACGACGUUGUCGUGGUUUCGAUGCAUGGUCGAUUGGUGUCAACGUAGUCAAUUAA